AUGUCAAGUGACCGGCGAGAAGGUCAGCAGACGACGACGACGACGACGACGGUGGAAAAUAACGGAGCUAUCGGAGGCAAUUCUCAUCCCGCAGCUCCUCCGACGAUGAAAUCCACGGCUACGGCGGUUUCCUCUCAGAGACUGAGGCUAAAUCCGAACAACGAGCAUAAACCAGAUAAUUACGAAGGCCUCCAGCUGGAUUUCCCCAACUCGAUAUAUGCUAGUCUCGAGAAGUACUUGCCUCCGGAUUUGCUCGUCUCGAAGAGGGAAGAGAAAGUGAAAUUCAUGACAGACAUUAUGCUCAGGCACCUUCCACAUGGAGAGCGUUCCAGAGCUCAAAGGCACAAGGACUAUAGGCAGAAGAUAAUAUCAAAUUAUCAGCCACUUCACAGGGAGUUGUAUACUCUGAAUCCCGAGAAAUGUUUCGUCCCGGAUUUCCUAGAGGCGAUCAAAGAAAGCACAGAUGUUAGCUUCAGAAAAAUAAUGUCAGAACCGUCUCCUGGUGUUUUCGUCUUCGACAUGCUCCAGCCUAGCUAUUGCGAGAUGAUGCUAUCCGAGAUAAACAAUUUUGAGAAGUGGGUGGGUGAGACGAAAUUCCGGAUCAUGAGACCAAACACCAUGAAUAAGUACGGUGCAGUGCUUGACGACUUUGGUCUGGAUACCAUGCUUGACAAACUCAUGGACAAUUUCAUACGUCCCAUAGCCAAAAUAUUCUUCAAUGAUGUGGGUGGAUCAACUCUAGACUCUCACCAUGGCUUUGUUGUUGAAUAUGGUAACGACAGGGAUGUUGAUUUAGGCUUUCAUGUGGAUGAUUCGGAAGUAACCCUGAAUGUUUGUUUGGGUAACGUAUUUGUGGGAGGGGAGUUGUUUUUCAGAGGCACACGGUGUGAGAAACAUGUUAACACAGCAACAAAGCCAGAUGAAAUAUUUGAUUAUUGUCAUAUACCGGGGCAAGCUGUACUUCACCGUGGACGCCACCGCCAUGGUGCCAGAGCCACAACAUCCGGUCACCGGGUCAAUAUGCUUCUGUGGUGCAGAAGCUCUGUGUUUAGAGAGCUCAAAAGUCAUCAGAAGGAAUUCUCCAGCUGGUGCGGAGAGUGCUUUUGUGAAAAGAAAGAGGAGAAAGUGCGGGCGCUUGAUGCUCUAAGAAAGAAACUGUUUAAAGGAGCUCGUGCAACCAAAGUUUGA